UAGCAACCAAACAAACCGCACGAGCCCAUGGCUCGAUUUGUCUGGUGGCAUUACAGUGAACUAUUAACCGAUUUUAACCUUGUGUGAACUAUACGGUUAAAAAAAAAAAAAGUUUUAAUCAAUGUUUUUAUUUAUUUUUUGACAGUAACUUACUUGGUUUAUUUGGUGUGCCGUGUCGGGACUAUUUCUAUUUUAUUUUUUGUAUGGUGUGGUGAAGCAUCAUGGAAAAAUACUCCCACCUUAGAGUGAUCGGGGAAGGGUCUUUCGGUCGGGCUGUGUUGGUGCAAUGCAAAAACACUCAGGAUAAAUAUGUACUUAAGGAGAUACAGUUGCCAAAGAAUCAGUCCAAAGUGCAGAGUUCAAGAAAGGAAGCAGUCCUGCUGUCCAGAAUGAAACAUCCCAACAUUGUGGCUUUCAGAGAGACAUUCGAAGCGGACGGCCUCUUGUGCAUUGUUAUGGAGUACUGCAGUGGAGGAGAUCUGCUUCAGAGGAUCCAGCUGCAGAAAUCCUCUCAUUUCACUGUUGAUAAUAUCUUGAAGUGGUUCGCCCAGAUGUGUGCAGGUGCACAGCAUAUUCACGACAAGAGGGUUUUGCACAGAGAUUUAAAGUCCAAGAACAUUUUCCUGACUGACGACGGCUCAGUCAAGCUCGGGGACUUCGGCUCUGCUUGUGUUCUGAACAGCUCAAAUGCUUAUGCUUGUACGUAUGUCGGGACCCCGUAUUACGUGGCACCGGAAAUCUGGGACAACAAACCGUACAACAACAAGAGUGAUGUGUGGUCGCUGGGCUGCGUCCUCUACGAGCUCUGCACCCUGCGACACCCGGUACUCGCCUCCUCCCUCCCCUUCCAGGCGUCCAGCUGGAAGAGGCUGAUCCUUAAGGUGUGCCGCGGUGCGUACCCUCCCCUCCCCGGCCACCUGCCCUACGAGCUGCACUACCUGGUCAAGCACAUGUUCAAGACCAACCCAAGAGACAGGCCGUCGGUGCACACCAUCCUGACCUCUCACCGGGUGUCCCGACUCCUGCGCUCACACCUGCCCUCCCAGACAGAGGAGGAGAAGAGCAGGACGGGUCGACGGAACAGGAAGGAAGGGCUGAAAGUGGCUAACUCCCUGGGAGAAAAGAGUUUAAUAACAACAUCAACAGCUGAGGGUGGGGGUUCACCUAAAAGCUGCUGCGAGAGCACAGAGCCGGGCCCUAGAAAGCAGUGGACGACCGAGCCACCGAGUGCCGUGCUGCAGAUGCUGGCCAACGCCAGCCUGGUUUCCUCAGACAGCAUGGCUGCAGCUCGCCAGGUCGGCUACGCCCACCAAAGUGAUUCAGAGGCCGACAGGCAGAGAAGACAAUGGGUGCGGGAGCCUCCUGAGAACCUUCUGGGCCUGCUGGAGAAGGCCCAGCUGAACAAAGCUUUCAGCACCUUUUUAAUUCGCAGGGGAGAUGAAAACCCUCUAGUCGGGCCCCUCUCCUCGCAGCAGGGUGAUGACACCGAUGGCCUUAAGCCAGAAGUCGUUAUAGACGAGGACAGACUGCAGCCUCGCUCAGAUGAUGAGGACACGGACUUUGAGGAAGAAUCUCCUUCUGACUGGGUGGAAGAAAUUGAGAAAAUAUUUUCGGAACACUGAAGCCUCAUUCCUUCAGACCUCCGGCUGAUGAAAACACAAAACUUUUUGAAUGUGCCAAACUUUUGUUUUGUUCCUUUUUAGAGCCAGAAUCAGACCAUUUGGGUGGAGCUGUAACUAUGAAGAAAGAUUUGAACAGAAAGUUGUCUGUAAUUGUUUUUCAGUAAAGCUGUUUGACUUUUU